AUGGCGGAGCGAGAAAUAUCCAAGGACACGGCUGCAUGGAGCGCCUUGCGGCGAAAAGACGUGUCUUGCUUCCUCUUGAUGAGCUUCUCCGGAGCUCUGAUCGUUCUACGUCGUGGUGAAGAGGCCGCCGCAGAGAGCGAGGGUAUGGCCUUGCAGAGCCUCCACGCGCGCCUUCAGGCGCGGGACGUCGUCCGCUUUGCCGGAGGUGCUGAGGCUUUGGAACGCCAGGUCCGGGAGACGCGAACUCGUGCCAUUGAAGCGGUGAGGCCGUGGAUACAACUUCUUGGGGACCGUCGGCAGUGUCCCGAAGUCAGGAAGGCAAUGGAGGUCCUCCUCAAAGAGACGCGCGAGGAGUACGAGUCCACCCUGGAAAUGAAGACGGCCAAGGCCGAGGUCGUCCAGGAACUUCAGGACCGAGCCAGCCAGCAGGAAUGGAUGAUCCGGCAGCUGGUAGAUGUCGUUGAAAUCCUGGAAGACUCCUUGCUUUGUACGCCGUCGGUGUCUGUGGACCUCGAACUCUUCUUCGCCGACGUGCUUGCCCAACCCGUGUCCGAGGAGCUCCGAACGCGUGCUGUGUCCUGUCUUCGGGCACUGGCCCGGUGCGGUGCCGCCGCGAAGCGGACCCUCAGCACCCUGGGCAUGGCAAGCGGCAGUGAGAGCGCAGCAGAGGCCGAAGUGACCCUGGAGGUGACGGACACUGAGGCCUCGAUUCCGCUCGGCAGCUUCCCGCUGCGCCUCGAGAAGCCCGAAGCGGAGGAGGCACAAACUUCGCCCGACUCUGCCACGGCUGCAGCCACGCCGCCGUCUCCGCUGGAGGGCGAGGCAUUUGAGGAGGCGGGGGGCGAGGCUGCUGAAGCUGCUACUGCAGAGCCACGGCCGGGUGGCUACAGCGGCGGCCCUGCCAGAGCCAGUCAGGCUGCCUCAGUGCCGCUGGCCACAGAAGCCCUGGCACAAGCAGGCUCAGGAGGCCGGAAUCGAGACCCAGCUGAUGCAGAGUCAGGGACACCACCGACCUCUCCACUCGACAAGGUGCUGGACCAACUCCAUGUGAACAAUCCGAAGCGCAUGGCCCCGGCGCACAUCUAUGACUGA